AUGGAUUAAGAAAUUGUGGAUUAACUUACACUAGAUUCUAUUCCUUAUUAUGAAGAAUAACUCUAUGGGGCAUUAUAGGUCAUAAUUGAUUUGCAAUAGAAAGUUGAAUAACAUGAAAUGAUCUUGGAUGAUGUACUAAUUAUCUUUAAUAAAAAGGAAAAUUCGAAUGAAAAUUAGACAGAAGAUGUUGAGGGUGAUUUUCAAGAAAUAAUUUCAACCAUUCAAUAAUAGUAGCUUAAGGAAUUACAAGACAUAGAUGAGAUAAGUUAGAAAUAACAAGAAGAUUUUGAUUAAUUAUUUAAAGUAUGAAGCUUAUUUCAAUUAGUAAUUGCAUGAGUUGGAAUAAUUGACUAAUCAAUACUAAUAAGAAAAUAACUAAGAUGAAUAAUACAUAAAAAUUACACAAUAGAUCAUAUUUGAAAGAUAGUAAUAACUAAAAGAAUUAAGUCAAUAGUUUAUGCUGUAAGACAUUCAUAAUAAAGAAAAUCAGAGAAUCAUAUAAAAUUUAUAAUAAAAAAUGAAAUUGGAUGCUGUUUCCAUACCUUAAGAAGGUUCUAAAGAAGAGAAAAUAAAAGUUAAUUAAUUUGUAUAGCAUCAGCGUUAAGAAUCAGAAGAAGAUGUAGAUUAUAUCUAAUAUCUUUAACUCACUGAUUAUAAGUAAAAACUUGAAGAAGAGUUGGAAUAAAUUGCAAAUUAGCCAAAAGUUCAUAAGGAUAAAAUUGAUGCAUCUACCUAAACUCAUCAACAAGAGUUUCUAAUUAAAUCAAAAAAUAAUGAGGAUUUUGCUUAUUCUAGCAGUUGUGUACAGCCUACUUUUUCGGUUGAAAACACUCCAAAAACAAGUUAAAUACUCUUGCACUCACUUUUAAAAGAGGAGAAACCAAAAAAUAGAGAAUGCUGUACAAGCUGCAUAAUUUACUGA